CGGGCCCCGCGCGGCCAUGGCGGUGGCGCUGUCGCGGGGGCUGCGCUGGGGCCAGCGGGCACUCGCCUGGGUGCCGGUGCUGCUCAUCACCGCCGUGGUGCUCUGGUCCUACUACGCCUACGUGUGCGAGCUGUGCCUCGUGACUCUGACCAAUCCUGUGGAAAGAGUGGCCUACCUCGCAGUAUUCCAUGUCAUCUUUGUGCUCUUUGUGUGGACAUACUGGAAGUCUAUUUUUACUCUCCCAAUGCAGCCAGAUAAAAAGUUCCAUAUUUCCUACACUGACAAAGAACGCUAUGAAAAUGAAGAGAGGCCGGAGGUGCAGAGGCAGAUUCUUGCUGAAAUCGCAAGGAAGCUGCCAGUGUACACGAGAACGGGGAAUGGAGCCGUUCGAUUCUGUGAUAGAUGCCAGCUGAUCAAACCUGAUCGUUGCCACCACUGUUCUGUUUGUGCUAUAUGUGUGCUGAAAAUGGAUCAUCAUUGUCCAUGGGUGAAUAACUGCAUUGGAUUUUCUAACUACAAAUUCUUUCUACUGUUCUUAGCGUAUUCUUUGUUGUAUUGCUUGUAUAUUGCUGCAACAGUCUUCAAGUAUUUCAUUAAGUAUUGGACAGGUGAAUUGACUAAUGGACGUUCAAAGUUCCAUGUGCUUUUCCUUCUUUUUGUGGCAGUCAUGUUUUUUGUAAGCCUGAUGUUUCUCUUCGGCUACCACUGCUGGCUCAUCAGUAGAAAUAGGUCUACUUUGGAGGCCUUCUCAGCUCCAGUGUUUCAAAAUGGUCCAGAUAAAAAUGGAUUCAAUCUGGGCUUCGUAAAGAAUCUCCAGCAAGUGUUUGGAGAGGAAAAAAAGCUGUGGCUGCUCCCAAUUGUUUCAAGCCAGGGUGAUGGACAUUCCUUUCCAAUGAGAACUUUGUGUGAAGCUCGAAAUCCACUACUAGCAAAUGAAGAGCAAUGGGAUGAUGAUGGAUUGGAUGAAGAGAGCCAGGGAUCCAACGAAGCUUCAUCUCUUGCCAUAGAAAUGGAGACCUAGCAGUUUGCAAAGGCAGUGGCACAAAGCUUGCUUGGACAGCUUCCUUCUCAGGAGCUCCUGUCUCCUCUUUGCAUGGACUUCAGCACUGAAUAUCAGAAAGCAUAUGGAUCUUCAGGAUAAAAAAAUCAUCAUGAAGUAUUACUGGAUUGAAUCCUCACAUUCUAGAAUGAUUGUCCCAUACCUGCCGUGCAGAUGUGUCAAGGCUUUAUGAGUUUGUUUUAUAAGUUAUUGACUGAGCGGGCAGUUGUACAGAGAGUGCUUCAGGCCAGGCUUCCCUUGGCCAGCCUCUGAUUUUAUAUAUAUAUAUUUUUUUAACUAGAGUAGUGAGAAGUGUACGUGUCAAUGCAUUGCCACAAACAUCAGGCACUGUAGGACUCAAAACCCGAAUAUUUCUUGGAGAGCUGGUUACUUGAGCCUGAUUCUUCAACUUUACCUGCAGCGAGUAGUAUUUACCUAGGUGAGUAAGCCAAUAGGCCAGUGAAGUAGAUUUGACUCAAUGCAAGGCAGGUUUGCUAAAUCAGGUAUUAAAAUCAUAGUGCGCACAUGCAUGCGAUGUAUAUAUUUAAUAACAGGCAUAUACCUACAUGGUGAUACUGGUACAUAGAAUACCUGCUCAUGUUGUCAGAAUCAUGUUUACAGACUAUGCCAAGACUCUUGAUGCUUUUGUUUAGAAAUGCUUGACCUGGACAAAGUUCUCCAGGUUUAAUGGCCUUAAAGCACAAUCCUUGGAGCAAGGACCUAAUAUUUUAAGGGGAAUUUUAUGCAAUGUAGUGAUUUUGCAUUACUUUCUAGGCCUGGUGUGUGGGAGUUAGCUUGCACAACUCUCUUGCCGGGAUCAGCAUUUGCUAAUGGUUUUUAAUCUUUUUUUCAGUUCCAUAAACAUUAAUCUACAGGCAGGUAAAUUGGAAGUUUGCAUUGACUGUUUAGCUCCAGCUGCUAUGCUCAAAGACUAGCCUAGUAAAGGAGGAUCUGGUGGUGUAUUGCUGAAGAUACAGCAGCCAAUAUGUUAAUAGCACAGUCUUCUGGCUGAUUAAAUGUAUUGACUGGCAUGUGGAAGAUUUUUCAGUGUAAAUUGUGGUUAGCUUCUGUCUGCUUUGCUGCACAGUGUUAUACCUGCUUUUUGCAAUCAAAGCAAAAUAUAGAAUUUGGUAGCAGGUAGUAGGCUGGAAAGUGGCCUUUCUGGUUUGUGUGCACCUUAUGGGCUGAGUUUUCUCUAGUCAACUAAAGGGUCCUGGCUUAGUAACUUCACCAGGCAGGCUAGAACUAAAUGUUUUUGCAUAAUGCUGAUGUAUGGGAAAUACUAGACCUUAGGAUCUGUCAUUACACUUCUUAUAGACCAUUUUAUAUAUAGUUUUUCUUUUCCUUUAGUAUUUAGGUAUUUCUUUCUUGCUAACAGUGCUUAAAUUCCAGCUGUGGCUGUCAGGAGAUAAACAUGUAUCUGUUCCAUGACAAAGGACUUGGUUACUCCAUAGACUUUUCCCACUAAGAUUUCUCUGUUGCUUCUACCAGCGGACAUUGCUGUACAGUAGGAAAUCUUAAAGAAAAGUACCUGGUGCAGAUAAUGUUCCUACUCAAAACUGCCAUCCCUAACAGGAGGAGUUACCUACUUGAUACAAAUCAUCACCUUUAAUAAGAGUGUGUUACUCUGGUCUUUAAUUUUUGUACUCGGCUGCUGGAGUUGGCCCUGAAACUCUGGCCUUUUGCAGAAUACACUGCUGCAAACAGCUUAGAGACUAGAGUAGGAGGGAUUGUCUAAUGCAUCCAAAUUUGAAGAAGUAAAAUCUUCAUUCUUCUCUUCAUUCUUGUUUAAAGAAUGUUAACUAUUUUUUCUUUGUAAGCUCUUACUGAUGAGAGCUCCACACUUCUUUUGUGGCUGUUCUGUUAUCAAGUCUUGGUUACUAUCUUUUUUUUUUUCUUAGAAUAACUAAGUCUACUUUUUUUUUUUUUUUACAUUAGUCAGUUUCCUAAGGCUUGCUCCUUUCAUUAGGUGAUCUUCUGCCAAGUAUAAGGAAAGAUGUCAGAGGAAGUAAGGAAAUUACCUGAUCUCUUGUGUGCAAAAAAAAAAAAAAGCGGGGGGGGGAAUUUAAGGGGGAUUUUCUAAGGCAGGGCUGGAAACAAAAUGUCCUUCAGGGUCGGUCAUUUAUGCCUUGGAAAACCUUCCUCCUGUAAAAUCUAGUAUAUAAAAACAUGAAGGUAAUGCAGCUGCUUCCUUCCUUGUCUAUCAGCUUGAAUGCAUCUGUCAGAACAGAAAGAUCAGAGCUGGAACUAGAGCCACACGGAGCUGUGGGAGGUUUCUAGGUAGGUUCUUGCAUCUUUCUAUGUUGUUUCUGUUUACAGCCAUGUAAUUCUUUCAUUUCUUGCCAAAGCUGGCUGUAAAACGGUAGCAGAAGAGCACCUACCAGGAGCUGUAAAAGCCUCUGCAGUGUACUCCUUGGCUGUAGCUCUGACCUUCUUCUCCUGGUAGCUGGCAUCAAGCUGUGUUCCCUGUUGUGGUUAUUAAAAUGGCAGGUCUCCAGGGAUUAUGCAGCCAUCCAGUUCCUAACAGAGGAGAGUGUGAAAUAUUUUCAGGUAUUUUUAAAGGCAGCGUUGAGAUUUCCUACCAUCAUUUACAUGUUCCAAUUAAAUGAAAUAUUUGGGAACCAGAUAAGGCUGCUGAUUGGCCUUUUUAAGGCUACCUUACCUGGCUACAACCAGCUCCCAGCCAAGUAGAAAUGAAUAGCUUUUUGGAAGUUUGGAAUGUACUUAUUCCAGUAGCUGACAGUGUCAGGCUGCUUUAAAAAAAGAUUCAAAACUAAAUGCAGAGAGAAUAAAAUAAACGUUAAAGUUUCAAUCAGCGUGAAGCAAGACAGAACUGCAGUGCAAAACAGAGGUAUCUAAAUAACAACAUAAGUAAGUUUUCAAUCUCUUUGCUUUGCCUUGAGAUGAAAUCCUUUUCCAUUGCCUGCAGAUUGACCUGUGUGUGGUGCACCCCAUGCAACAGACUGGAGUCAAGUGAAUACUCUACAGCCCAGGAUAGGAACCGAAUACAGAAACUUGAACAUAAUUUUGUUAAAAAAUGCAGUGCCUGUGUUUCCCUCCCUGGAGACAUUCUGCACACAGAUGAACAGCCUGGUUCUUUGGGGAAACCUGACAUCUCAAAAUACCUCUGUGGAGAAUUGUUUGCUUUGUGGCAGUAUUGCAAUGAGUUGAGGUAGCUUUAAGUUGAAGAUGUUGUAUUAAGCAGAAUGUAACUUAGUCCUUGCAUUUUUUUACCUUUGGAAAGGAUUGUCAACUGGAAAUCCAGUCUGGAUAAAAUUAUUUGCUAGGUUGGACUCCACACCUGAUGCUUGUAGUUUUACAGUUGGUUUCCUAUUUAGUUCUUACAGUGUUUUUUCUCUUCACUGUUAUUGUAGGAAAGUCACACAUUUCAUCCCAGGAAAUGCACUCUGCCCAGGGUGCUCUGAAAAUCAUUAGGUAAAUACACUGGAAGAGCAGAGAGAAUGGUACUCUAACCUGUGUUCUAGGUAGCAAAAGUAUAUAAAUAUUCAUCUGGGAUUGACUUUUCCAUGUAGUGUGGUGGCCCUUAAAUGUAAAGGGAUGAUGCAACAUUUCUCUUUCACUGGGCAUUUCAUAGGCUGGGCAUAUUUUCAAUGCUGCAUCACAUUUUGUAAGGGGCCAACAGCUUGAUGUCUAAAGAUAUAAGCAUCUGUAAACUGAGUCUUGCAUGGAAAAGAGGAAUUGGGUUUAGUGGUUGUCUGGAAUCUAGUCCUUCUCACCUUUCUUCAAAUCGCAUAGUUUUAAUAAUCUUUAAAGGCUGCAGAGCGAAGCUCAGGAACCCGUACAGUUUAUCCAUUCGUCAAGCACAUAGUCUGAGGCAGCACUGCAAGCUUCUGCCCCCACUCUGAAGGCAUGAUAGUCCACAUCCAAGCCCUGGUCUCUUGUCUCAGACUGCCAACCUAAUUGCUAGUUAGUGCCAUUUAUGGUGGCUUUUGUGUUGUGAAUGCAGGAAACAAGCUAAGACUGCUCUGUUCUAGUCAUGUAAUCCGCUAAACAGCCACCCAGGCUUAAUUUUUAGUCACAGCCAACCUGAACUAUUUUCAGGUAGGUGAUCUGAAUAUCAACAGCUCAUGUGAAAUCUCUUUGGAAAUGUUGUAAAGUUCAACAUUUCUUGUUAACUUAAAUCAAGGUGUCAAAACAUGGGAAUUCAUCUUCCAUGGAGAGCACUUUCUCUUCCGCCAUCCGCUGCAGGUGGGGCUGAUGCACUGCUUGUGGGGUAGCAGGUCUUCUACCCCUCCUAAAAGAGGGCCAGGACUUUCCCAGGAAAAUGUUCCUGUGGGGGGGAAAAAAAAUGCUGUGGGUAGAUUUUACUGUGAUGUCAACCAUUCCAUCAAAUUGCCCAUCUCCUUUGACUAAUGGUCCAGACCAGUCCUCUACUGGCAGUUGUCCCUAGUUUGCAUUUCAUGUACUCUGCUAAGAAGCAGAUAAGACAUCACAUUGAUGUCUGCAUAGGUGGCAUUGUGACAAGUCCUACCUUUGCCAGUGAAUGAAAAACCGGGGCUUUUGUAAGCAUCGCCACACUGCAAAUCAUUUGUAAGUUUAGUCUCUAUAGCUGAUUCGAUACGUGACUGAUGAUUUUGGAGUAGAAUAGGUUGUUCCUUUGAACAGGAAGGGAGUACUGUACAUUUUUAAUAGGCCGUACUUGUUGCAUGUAUGUGUUGUAAUCAGUAAGAACCGGGAAGCUUUCUAUUAGCAUGAUGGGGGAGAUGACUGUUUAUUUACCAGAAAUGCAUAGAGUUAUGAAUCAGCAAACUGAUAUGUUCUAAUUUUUGGGGGGGGGGCGAGGGUGUUAUACUCUGGCACAGGCUGAAAGCACAAUUUUGGACCAAUGACAGGACUAGAUGCAUAAAGUCUGUCACCCGGUAUGAAUGUAAUGUGUUAGGAGAGACUUCUUUUGUACCUACCCAUAGAAGAGAGAGGUUAAGAUACUAAAGAUGUUGUCAGGGAGCAACUGGCUUCAGGAAAGCUGUUCCGCCAGCACAAUGCACCUGCCAUUUGUAAUGAGUGGUUCGUUCACAGAGAAGUUGAGAGCGAGCAGUUGGCAGGUUAAGAAAGCACCGCUGACCACACUUACUAAGCCUGAGUCGACAACUGUUAUGCAGGUUCUGUGUUUUCUUUUCAAUGAUGUCUGUGGUGAAACGAUUUGAAAUUGCUCUCCAGUACUUGAACACGUCUCGCUUUGUUCAGUAUUUUCUGGUUCUGUGGGCAGGUGUUCUGCUGCAGAAUAUUUACGAAAAUAAACUCUUGUUUUGAAACCAUCAAUUAGAGCAUUUGCACAGCAGAGUUGCUUUUUUCAUUAAAACUAAUGGCCUGUCAGCAGCUGGGAGGGUGGCAACUACUUCAGGGAGGUGGCAUUCCAUGUGCCCUUUUCCUAAUCACUUUCCCCUUCUAGUCAUCCCUUUGUUUCAUUUUUUGGUAAUUAACAAUCCACCAAGAUUGUAGCUAUCAUUCAUUUGCGCAUUUUCAUUGUUUCCAUCAUGGUUUUUUUUUUUCUGCUUUGGGGCUGUACCUUCUGAUUCUCAGCAAGUAACUUAGAAUUGAUCAUGUUUCAACUAGUUGCAAUUUUUCCUUUAGGUACAAAAAAGGUGAGUGGAUUUAGACUGGACUCUUGCACUGUGCAGUCUGUUUUAAGUAAGCUCAAUCAGUUAUUUGUCAGUAUAUAGUCCCUGUCAUUCAGAUUCAGCUUCCUGUCCAGGGCAGAAAAAUCCAAUUUUCUAAAUGUCUUUUAAAUCUCAGAGCUUUUAAAAAAUAAAACAAAAGAGAGGAGCUUUGGCUUUGAUUCGGAUGCAAAGCUGGUGAAAUCAAAUACAGUGAAAUCAGACUUUGCUUACAUUUCAGAUCAAAAGACUACAAAAUCUGUAUACCUACAAAAAUGUGGUUGCUCUGUAUCAGGAUUAAGGUUUAGAGCAGCACUUCAAGGAGCGGAUGGGGUUGUGUUGCAGUUCCUUGAAGGAGAAAGGGAUCAUGUUUUCUCCUAUAUUGAGUUGUGCUUCACAAAAUGCUUUCUUGCACUGGAUAUUAGUAUCAAUUGGCCCAUGUAAUGCACAAGUGACUUUACUAAAUAGAUGAGGUGGUGUUGCUGGGAUGUCCUGGGAAGAAUGCAAGAGGCAAGAAUUCUUGUGGGUAAUAUUUUCUAUUGGACCAACUGCAUGGUCAGGAUAGACCCAGGCAAGUUUUUCUCAAGCCUCAGGAAGGGUACUAUGAUACCCAAAAGCUUGCCUUUGUCUAGUCUAUCCAGGCAGUUGGUCUAAAAAAGCUAUUACCUACAAGAAUUCUUGGCGCUCACCUUUUGCUUAAUAGAAAAACUUGUGGGACUUGGUGUUUAUUUGGAGCCACAGCCCAAACCAAACCUGAAUAGACAGCCUGCUUCAUGCUUUCCAAAAUGCAGAGACCAGUGGAUCUUGCAGAAGGUGGAUCUAUUAGUACAUUGCCCUUUCUUCCUUGGCAUUGAUGUUUUGCAAGCCCCAGUGCUAUUCACAUGUUUGGAGUGUGUAUCAAUUAUGCAGACUCACGUUAUUGCUAUUAAAAACCACCUUAGUUGAUGCAGACAACGUUUCUUACCCUUGAGGAAGAGACAAACUUUAAUGAAUAAGCGCUUGGUCAUACAUUAAUGUUAUUCCAGAAUAAGUUACCUGUGAAUUUUAGAGCACAGCGUCUCUGCCAAAGUAACUGCAUAAAUGGACACUUCUGGAAUUAGCAUGUCUGCACUUCAGAUUUUUCUUAUACCUAAGGCUUGUAUACACAAGCUCUUCCUGACUAACUCUGAGUUGCUGUCUUUUAAGCAGGGAGUUUCUACCAUAACUUCCCUUCUGCCAUUGACACAGAGGAGGAAAGAACCUGUUCGCUUGUAAAUUUAAUACAUCUUUCCUUUGAGACUUAAUGCAUAGAUCAUUCAGUCAUGGGCAAUGCCUGUUCACAUCUGUAAGUGAUUUAAAAAGGGCCCUUCAUAAAUAAAACCUUUAAAAGUCUGUGUUUAUUGCUAAUCCUGAGAUUUAAACAAGCCUUCAGUCACACUUCAUUCUUCAUUAAUUUUUCCAUUUAAUAUUUCAUUCUGCUUCAAAGUCAGCUUGAUUCAUUUUACUCCAGGCUGCUCCUUUGUGUUGAGUUUGGUAGGAAGAGUUACAGAAAUAUUUGUAAUCGAUUUGGUAAAAGUUUCAUUGGUGGGUGGAAAAAAUGGUAUUUUCCAAAGACCAGGUCAGACUAUUUUAGCUUGUCCCUUAGAGAUUAACAACCAGUGCAGAUACCUUUCCCUUCAUACAGUAGACUGGCAUAGUCGGUAUUGGGCGGUGACUUUUAUACAGAACUCUUAAUUAGUUUAAAUGAGUUGUACCAAUAGCCCCAUCAGUUUUUCUUUUUUUUUUUUUUUUUUUUUUUUAAAGUAUGACCCUAUGCUAGUAUUUGCAAGGGUAUUUUCAUUUGAAUCUCCAAGAUAUCUACAGUGUUCAGCAAACUGUAUCCUGCAUGGUGUUUUAUGCUCACUCUCACACCUUAAGUUCUAAACAUUUUCAAACGAACUGAAGAGUCAGAGCAUUUAGGAUGUUUAAUGCAGGUAACAGAGUUUAUUAAUGUUGCUGGCAUUGGCUUUUAAUGUCAAAUGGAUUUCUACAAAAUCUUUUGUCUACAAAAUGCUCAUUUUUAUUGCUGGACAAAUAUUUUUCUCUUUAUUUGAUGUAUAAAUCCUGUGCAUACCUUUCAGUAGUACUUUCAAGGAGUUUAUAUGAUUUGAAUACUGUAUUUAUGCUUUGUCUUUUUUUACUGAAGAACCUGCAUGGUUUAUACUGUACUGCAGGAGAGAACUACAUUAAAACUGGUUUUGGCUAAUUUUUA